AUGCAGAAGCUGGUGCAUGUGGCGGCUCACACUGGUGGUUGGAGCUCAGAGCUGCAGAGAGAGAGCUCCAGUCCUGUCACCUUGGCUCAUCAGCGGUGUGCCAUGGAGAGACAGGAGCUGGACUUGUGGCAGAGGAUGGGGAGGCGGCGGUCCGUGUCGCGGGUCGAGAGCGCAAGUGGAAGCGGAGGGUUUGUAUUUGAGGCGAUGCUGACGCGCUAUCGGAGGGGCUCGCCUCUCGCCUUCUCCACUGGCUCCAAUGCCAUCAGUGCCUGCUUAGACCGAGCCAUGUGA